UAGCCUAAGGCUAGGUGCGAUUGUCAGCGCCCUCUUGAAAGCCGCACCUUAUAUCGAUUACUACUACUUCUACCCAACGUUUCAAGUUUACUUUUGGGCUAUGUUGGUCAUGGCCACUUAGCAUACGUAGCCAAGAAUUAGCAAUACCUGACUAUAGUCCAGGGAAUAGGAAAAUGUGUAAAGUAAUAAGAAAAUAGCACAUUGUUUUGCUUCUGUGCAAUGUUCACUGUUUAUUUUAUUUUUUUACUUAUCGAAAUAAACUUUAAUCAGAGGGUCUGUGCAUCAAUGUGUUGUUUAUCUGCCUUAUGAAUUUCAUGUUACAAUUAUUGUCCUGCGUGUAGUAAAGAGUGCGUGAACCUCAUACUUAUGAAAAAUUGUAUAUAAGUGUAGUUAUGUUUCAGCUUAUGCCUUUCAAUCAGAUGGUCUGUCCCCGACAGUGUGGUUUAUCUACCAUGUUAUUAAUAUUGUCCUGCAUGUAGUAAUGAAUGCGUGAACCUCAUACUCAUGUUUAUGUUUCAAUGAAUGUUCAUUUAAACUUACCGACAGCUGAAGACGAUAAUAGUGAGUUUGAAUUUACCAUUAUUUUGUGGAGAUCAUAAUUCAUCGGAAUCAUGAGCUUAUCAACUCCUCUUAAAAAGCAAUUUCCUCUUAAAUUACUGGGCAUUGACAAUGUUAUAUGUUCCAAUGAAGAGGUACUGGAAUUUUUAGAACUUUAUGUGCCACCAUCAUCUAUAAGUUAUUUACACUUUGAUUCAUAUCAAAAGUUCUAUGUAGUUUUCUUGAAUGACAUAGACUCUGUUUGUACUUUGGUUGGUAAAAGACUUUCUUACAGUCAGUGCAAAAUUGACAUUUUACCUCUCUUAGACUAUUAUGUUGUCAGAAAUGUAUAUCCUGAUUUAACGAAUGAAGAUCUUAUAGACAUAUUUCGACCCUUUGGAAAUGUUUAUGACGUAAAAGCGCAUCAUGUACUGCCUAACUCUUCCAAGUUCUCUCAUGUUUUGAGUGGGAAUCGUGAAAUAAGUUUUAUGUUGCCAGGUCACGAGAUAGGGGUGUCUGUUCCAGGAAGUGUAGUUUACAUGCCUCAUACAUUUCACAUUAUUAAAUAUUGCCCUGCUUGUAGUACUGAAGGUCAUGCCAUGCUUCAUUGUCCUGACAUUGAGGAUAAUUGUUUACCACAAGAAACUUCAGUUGAAUUGGAAAGUGACAUAGAAUUGGAGGACUUUAAUGUAAAAGGCAUGUUAUCUGAUGAUGAUAAAUUUCUACUUGCAAAUGAAAAGAGUGAACAAUCAAAUGUCGGAGGACAUAGUUUAGAGAAAGUUGAUGGUACAGAAACAAUAAUUUGUGAAACUCAUGAAAAUUCUCAGCAAACCACAGAGGUAUAUAAAGAGAAAAGGAAGUAUAGAAAAAAAUACUGGAUUGAUGCAAGCUGGACUAUUAGCACGAAAACUAGAAAGAGUUCAAAAACCGUGGUCUACUUUGUUAAAAGAAAAUAUAAAAAGCGAAAAGGUCACGAGAAACAUAACAGACUGCAUCCAAAUUCUGAACGAAAUAAGAAGAAGAAAUCAAGAGGGAAGAGAAAAUGGAAAAGAGCACCUUUCAAAAGAGGAAGACAGAGAAAAGACCCUGAAGCUCAGGAUCAACCUUCUUUACUACUAAAAGAAGUUACAAAAAAAACUUAUUAUGAAAGAAAAAAGAGUUACAAAUUGAAACAGACUUUAAAGCACAAAAGUCGGAAAGAAACAAAAAUCUACUUAAAAAAAGCCCCUUUAAAAGUAGGAAGACCAAGAAAAAACCCUAAAGCUCUGGAUCAACCUCGUUCACUACAAAAAGUUACAGAAAAAACCCCUUUAAAAGUAGGAAGACCAAGAAAAAGCCCUGAAGCUCCGGAUCAACCUCGUUCUCUACAAAAAGUUACAGAAAAAACCCCUUUGAAAGUAGGAAGAACAAGAAAAAACCCUGAAGCUCUGGAUCAACCUCGUUCACUACAAAUAGUUAUAGAAAGAAUAUGUUUGAGUAGGGAAACACCAGAAAACGCUGAUGAAGUAUCCGUCCAAACUCCUUCACUGCCUGAAAAAACUACAGAAAAAUCCCCUUUGAAAGUAGGAAGACCAAGAAAAAACCCUGAAGCUCUGGAUCAACCUCCUUCACUACAAAUAGUUAUAGAAAAAAGUAUGAGAGUGUGUUUGAGUAGGGAAACACCAGGAAACGAUGAUGAAGUAUCCGUCCAAACUCCUUCACUACCUGAAGAAAUUACAGUAAAAUCCCCUUUAAAAGUAGGAAGACCAAAAAAAAACCCUGAAGCUCUGGAUCAACCUCCUUCACUACAAAAAGUUAUAGAAAAAACAUGCUUGGGCAAUGGAAGGUCAAUAAAAAAACCUGAAGUUUUGGAUAAAACUCCUUUCCUACAAGAUAUAACAGAAAAAAUUUGUCUGGAUAAUGAAACACCAGGAAACGAUGAUGAAGUAUCCGUCCAAACUCCUUCACUACUUGAAAAAAUUACUGGAAAAUCGUGUUUGGGCAGGGGAAAACCAAGAAAAAAUCCUGAAUUCUCGGACCAGACUCCUUUCCUGCAGCAUGUAACAGAAAAAAGUACUGAUGAAGAUGAAAUUUGCCUGAGAAGCUUUUCAUUACAUGCUAGUUUAGAAAAAAUGGUGCGAAACUCAGAAGGCAUUCUGCCCAUUUUUGUAUUGAAGCGUCUUUUACUGAUGGAUUUACGGAACAAGAAGGAUAUUAUUUCCUAUAUUUCUAAGUUUACCUUACAUUUUGAUCAAGUAUUUCACCAGUUUAAAAAAUUACAAAGCCAGAUUAUAGAAAGUGAUGAUUUUCAUCUUAGCAAGAAUGAUCAUUACCAAACUAAGCUUUUUUGUUUAAUGAAAACACUUUUACGAGAGAAAUCGAGACACCGAGCAUUCACUUUAAGCUGAGCCUGAUCCCCUCCUAAGCUUCUUCUCCUUUUUGUGUUAGAUGCCUUAUCUUAUGCGCUUAUUAAUUUGCAUAUUUCAAAUCAAAAAUUCAAUUUUUGGUUGUCCAUAAAAAUACAUUAUCAAAUUUUUUUUUUUCUUGGAUCUGAUUUUUUAGAGUUUUCUUCUCCUCUUGAACAAAUUCAAUUAUAGAUUGUAAAGCAUUACGUCAAUGUAUUCAUGUCUGAAAUUACUAUAUUUAUGUUUAAAACAUAUUGCAGAUACACUAUAUUGAAAUAUAUUACUGUAUAAAAUAUGUUACUGUUAUGUAGUGUAAUGUGACAUAUUUCUGUCUACUUUAAUUGAAGUGUAAUUAAUUAUCAACAGUUGUUAUUGUGCUCAGUGUAGUUGUUAUUUAAGUUGUGAUCUAGGUCAAAAGAUUAUUCUUGGGUGGCUAGUCUAUUUUGUUAUAUUGUUGUUAUCAGUAUUCUAUUUUACUUUAAGGCAAUUGCAGUUUUUGUUAUAAAAAAAAAUGUACUCACUAUGAAGCCUAGAUUUUUUUAUAAAAUCACAUUAUUUUUAAUUAGUUCCUUUAAACUAAGUGAACAAUUCUUUGAAAUUUAUUCAGAAAGAUGUGUGCUUUCAUAUUUCCAUGUAUUAGAGGUAAAAGACACAUUAAAAUUUUUUAUUAUUUUAGAAUCAA